CACCGGCGAGGGGGCGGAUGACUACAGCAGUUGGCUUCGGUAGCUAGUACCAGCAGCAGCACACGGGGAGAAUUGCAGUGUGUUAUAAACAAAUGCACAUUGCACGUAUUUCGAAUGAGGAUUGUCGGAACAGGAUAAUGUGUCUAGUCACCACGUUGACCAUCUAGUAUAGGUACUUAAUAGAAGACUGUUUGUCCUUUCGAGGCAGAAUAACAUCUUAAAAGGAUUACGAGGAUAGUGACAUUUAUUUUGAAGCUCGCCUGUUGUUACCUUAUGUAUUGCGAUUAAAAUAAAACGAAGACAUGACGGAGCUAAGAAAGCGAGGAGGUGGCGGAGACCCCGACAGUACAGAUAACACCAGUGACAAGGAGGCCGAUGGCGAGGACAGGCUGGGCCUGUCGGGGGACACGGAGGGAGACUGUGAGGGAGACUCUAAAGGAGACUGUCAGGACGUGCCGCCCCAGACCGACAACACUCCUCAGUGUCUCAACAAGGCACUGGAGGGGCUGCCGCCCAGAUGGAAGAAUUAUUGGAUACGAGGGGUGUUGUCGUUAGCGAUGAUAACUGGCUUCUUCCUUAUCAUCUACCUAGGACCCAUAAUGCUUAUAUUGGUGGUGAUGAGCAUCCAGAUCAAGUGUUUCCAGGAGAUCAUUACCAUCGGUUACAGAGUCUACCACUCCUACGAGCUGCCCUGGUUCAGGACCCUCAGCUGGUACUUCCUGGUGUGUGUGAACUACUUCUUCUAUGGUGAGACUGUGGCGGACUACUUUGGGGCUCUGGUGCAGAGAGAGGAGCCACUGCAGUUCCUGGUGCGCUACCAUCGCUUCAUCUCCUUCGCCAUGUACCUAGGAGGUUUCUGCAUGUUCGUUCUGAGUUUAGUGAAGAAGCAAUAUCGGCUGCAGUUCUACAUGUUUGCUUGGACCCACGUGACCUUGCUGAUUGUGGUAACUCAGUCCCACCUUGUCAUUCAGAACCUGUUUGAAGGGAUGAUCUGGUUCAUAGUUCCCAUCUCCAUAGUGAUCUGUAAUGACAUCAUGGCCUACCUGUUUGGGUUCUUCUUUGGUAGAACUCCACUGAUUAAGCUCUCUCCCAAGAAGACGUGGGAGGGCUUCAUCGGAGGCUUCUUUGCCACGGUGGUGUUUGGGUUCCUUCUGUCGUACCUCCUGGCUCAGUUCCAGUACUUUGUGUGUCCGGUGGAGUAUAACAGCGAGACCAACAGGUUUGCAGUGGACUGCCAGCCCUCCGACAUCUUCGUAAUUCAGGAGUACACCCUCCCUGUCGUGCUGCAGAACAUCCUGGGAUGGGAGACGGUGCAGCUAUACCCGUACCAGAUCCACAGUGUGGCUCUGUCCUCCUUUGGCUCGCUCAUCGGCCCGUUCGGGGGCUUCUUCGCCAGCGGCUUCAAACGGGCCUUCAAGAUCAAGGACUUUGCUGACACCAUCCCUGGUCACGGAGGAAUCAUGGACCGCUUCGACUGCCAGUAUCUGAUGGCCACGUUCACGCAUGUUUACAUAGGCAGCUUCAUCAGAGGGCCAAACCCCAGCAAGGUGUUGCAGCAGCUGCUGGUGUUGCAACCUGCACAGCAGCUGACCAUCUUCAACACGCUGCGCUCUCACCUGAGAGACAGUGGCAUGCUGCCCCCUGCUGUCCUGGAGACCCAGUAAACCUCCUCUGUGCGUGUGUGUGCGAGCGUGUGUGAUUGAUCAGACGCAUGUUUGAUCUUUGUCCUCAUCCGGGAAUCCAUCACCAACACACCUACUUAUCUCGUCUGGUUUCGUCUUUUCCUCCAAGCAUCAUUACUGUGAACUAAGAACCAAGGUGUCACUAUCAGAAGUCAGUCGCUUCAGCCUGGACUUGCAUGACACACACAUACACUCAGAAUCACAAUAACAAAACAACAAUACAAAUGUCAUGCAUAACAAAUUGGCAGCACCUUUCUAAAGACACUGGCACUGAAGAAGAGAAGAAAAGAAAAACAAACGUCUUCGCUAACAAAAUGGAUUCAAGCACACGGGUUAUUAUCAGCGCAGGGGCUGUAACCAGGGCGUUUCCAUGGGAACCGCGUGUGUUGCACUGAUUUGAGCUGAACGGAGCCUCUGAAGAUUUGCAGCAAGGACCUUUUGGGACGAAUGCUUUGUGCUGAAAGUUGUAUUUGAAGGAGAAAAACACAACUUAACACACUAGGAACUGUUAUUGUAGUUUGCUGCUUCUUAAUGGUUAUUAUGGUCUUAACUUCAUAGCAUAGAGCAGAAAAAUAAGAAGAUAUUUUGAAACAUGAAGCAUGUUCUUCAGUUCUGUUGUUACUGCUGGAAGAAAAAAUCUAUUUUCCCCUCUUUUCUGUGGUGUGAAAUAGUUUAUAGGUUUUGAUUAACUAGUGGCAGUAAAUACAUGCAAUAACGUAGGCAUGGAUUUAGACAUGAUAUGCAUCACUAGCAUCAGCACACACGCACACCAAUGCACAUUUAACACUGUGUGUGUGUCUACAUAUCUCAAAAUGUAUUACUGUAAAUAAAUAUAUAAUAUUUAUUUACAGGUCAACAAAAACCUAGUAUAAGAAUAAUGUUAUUAAAUAGCAACAAUAUACUAUAUACUUUAAAGAUAUGAGAAAUGAUAUGCAAAAACAAUAAGAAAAGGGGAGGUAGGUUAUUUGUAGCUUCUAGCAUGAACAAAACCAUUUAGGGUUGAAUGGUUUAGAUAACAGCUGCUGAUUAAAGGGUGUGUGUAUGGGUUAACUUUGACUUGAUUUCAAAGAGAAUGUGCUUCCUUUUAGGUAACCAAUGAUUUUAGUUGCACUGUAGUUGGGAUGCUUCUCAGCUACAUCAGGAGUACACCACUCCAGAGGAUGGUUAGGAUAUUAUUAGGUUCCAUGUUUGUCUACCAGUAUAGAUUAUAUUUUAGUGCUUGUAUGUGCUAUUGCUCCUAAAAGGGUAGGAUGUAAUUUAAAGGUUGUUGGAGGUAACAAUUGCUGUUUUCAUUGUGUGAGAAAUAAUGAAAUAAUCUUUCUGUGUUUAUAUAUAUAUAUAUAUAUAUAUAUAUAUAUAUAUAUAUAUAUAUAUAGCUUAUAUAAAGUAUAUAUUAUAUUCAGGUAGUUAUGUCUUUUGGCAAUAUUUAAUGCAAGUGUCGAUUUGAGUCUAUUGAACUAUGGAAUGGGUUUCUAAAGAUGGACUGGAGUUUGGAUGAAUUCUACAGCACACUCGCAAAAGCCGCACAGCAUUUUUAUUAAAAUGUAAAGAAAAAAAAUAAAGGAAAAAAAUAAGGGUUUACUAGCUGAAACAUAUGUUUGGUACAUGUGUGCACUACUGGAACAACUGAGAUUUAUACAACCGUGUAGUGUUCUUUGAACCCAGCCACCCAAAAUCCUUCUAGAAACGUUUACCAAAGCACUGUCUGAUUUUUGUGGGUUUUCCUCUCCAGGAUGAAUCCCUGUCCUCACUAACGUGUCGACUGUAGGUGGAUGUUGGAGUUGGUUUGAGACGGGAGCAGCGAUUUGAGUCACGCUCCACAGCCUCCAUGUCUGUGCAACAUCUGUCAGUGUCCUGUUCGGUCCAAGUACUGUUAAUUUUUGUCAUGUUUUUACCUGCGAAUCAACAGAAGUGAGAUGAGUGUUCUGAUUUGGUUUCCUGGGUUGUUGUAAGGUAAUGCAAUACACGGUAUUGCAUUUCCUCCAGAAAUGUAUGUGUUGCUACCCAUCCCUGUAUAUUGUACUACAUCGGGGGAGUUUAUCGGAUUUUGGGACCAGCUCUGACCCAACAAACUUGUGUUUUCCCUGGGAUUGUUUAACAGGUGUUUCAGUGUGGAUCUGCUUUUCCACUUGCUUUCACAAGAGGUUUUGACGACAGUGCGAAUAUUUCACUUUAACACUUAAAACAAUCCAACCUGACCAAAAUAUGCGAGUUGGAGAGUGCAGAGACCACAGAGCGGAUCCGUGAGAAUAUUAGAACUGAAAUGAGGUCGUAGUUUAAAAUAGAUCUAACUUAUUGUGUGGUUUAAGUUAUUGUGAUCCGAGAUGUAAUGAAUAAAAAAAGGCCUAUAUAACAUUAGUUAAUCAAUAAGCAGAGAUACUGUACCUAUCAGCGCUGUUAAUUGUCAGGUAUUACGAUGCAUGGCAAAAUUGUUGGGUUCUUAUGUCUUUUUAAAUUAUACAUUGUAUUUCGUUUGAUUGCAUAUGCGUAAUUGUUUUCUUAUGAACAAAGUUUUUGAAGUGGAUAAGAUGGUAGAAGUUAUAUUGAUCAACAUGAUUGAGUACAUCUGGGUAAUACACAGUGGUGUAUAAAAUGCAUAGAAUAAUAAUUAUUAGAGAUAUUGUGGCACUAUUUACUGUAUGAAGGUGAAUAAAUUCUUUAUUUUUCCUUUAAAA